AACAAACUGAAUAUCAUCAGGGAGAGUGGAUGAAGGUAGAUGAUAGGGUGGAGAGUGUGGGAGCAAAAAGAAACCAGGGAGAUAAAUUCAAGAUUUUUAUCAUUCCCAAUUUCAGUUUAUCAACAAUAAACUUUUUCCACUGGUGGAUUUUUCCCUUUCGCUCUCACCACCAAACAGAAAAAGCAAAACAAUAUCAUCACCAUCACCAUAAUCACCAUAAUCAGUUGAUUGUUAUUAUUGUUUCUCAAUGAAAACAAAAAGUUUCCAACUUGAAUCUUAAUCUAUUGUCAAUCAUGAUCGUAUUUCAAAUGUUUGGAUUUUUUGUUUCGCUUCAUCAUUUUAAUGAUGCGACAAGUUAACAAUGGAUUAACCUGUUAAUCAGUUUACUAUUUAAUCAUCUUGUCAUCAUCAUAAUCAUCACCAUGGGUAAACGUUGGCUUAUUAGACAAAUUAUCAUGAAACCACUUCGAGGACUCAAGGAAUUAAUUCUGUGCCUUAUUCUGAUAACUUGCAUCUUUUGCCUGUCAAUUGUUAUCAUCGAUUCAUCAGCGCGUCGAUCAAUUUUCAAAGGUCAUUACGAGUUAAAUCAUCAACAAUUAGACAAUUCUCUUGGGACAAGUUAUCAUUAUGUUUCUCACGAGUCUAACUGGAUGAAUUCAGGAUCAUCAUCAUCAUCACCAAGUGAAUCAUCAUCAUCAUCAUCGUUGACCAAUAACAAUAAUUUCAAUGACCGAUCCUUAUUCUGGUCAUUUCCAUCAUCCUUAUUAUCAUCAUCUUUUCAGUCGGUUAAACCAAAUAAUCAAAUCAAUUUAUCAGGAAAACUUAAUUCUGGUUCAAUUGGAGCAAAAAUUUACCAACUUUUAUCAAAGCUCAAUGAAGAGAUGAAAUUCCGAAAAACACCAAACAUGACGAAAAUCGCUCUGGUUCGCAGUCGUAAUCCAAAUAUUUUGAAAGAAAUGUCGAUCUACAAAUGGGCACUGAGAAAACAUGGAUUUCUCAUUGAAACGGAUAAUCUGAAAAAAAAUCGAAUCAAUAGAAGGUCAAGAUUAAGACAUAAAUAUUCGGAAGAUUGGAUUCUCCUAAUUUGUCUUGAUAACAAUGAAGUACAAACAGAAGAGGGAGGUUCAUGUUGGAGUGAACAUGAUGAUGAUGAUGAAGAUUAUUCUGACACUGAUGAUAAUAAUAAUGAUAAUAACAAUGUUGUCGUUGAUAAUCAAGGUGAUAAUCGUAGAGUAGGAGGUAAAAGUUUCCACCAUUUUAACCGGCAACGUAAACAAGUCUAUCAAAAGAUGGAUGGUAUUCCUGGACUAAGAAAUUUACUCGGAACCAGGGAAGCAUUUUGUUCAACAGUUCGUGAGAUACACAAAGUUUCAACAAUGAGAAAUCCAUUAUCACCAUUAUGUUUCAUUUUUCCACAACAAUAUCAAACGUUUCUUGAUGUUUCUGAUGCUCUUGGUUAUUCAGUAAGUUGGUCACUUAAAACACCCCAAGGAUUACAGUUAAUCAACGUUCUGACCGAUCAGGGAAGAGAUCAGCUUCGUGAUUAUAACACAAAAUCGGGAAUCAUCCAACGAACAUUGGCCAAUCCAUUAAAAUUAUUUGGUUCUACCAUUACGAUUAGACAGUUUGUUGCAAUUACGUCAAUUAAUCCACUGCGAGCUUAUAUUCACCAAGGUGGCUUAGUUUAUUUUACAACUUCGACUAACCAAGAUGACCAUAGUACUGGACACGGCAAAAAAUCUGGCGAGAAAACAUUUCAAAAGGUUAAUGGACGUCUGUGGUCAUUGGAUAAUUUCUGGGAUUACAUGACGAUUAACUAUGGAUCUCAAAAUGUUACCUAUGCCCAAACCUCAAUAAAAAGUCAUCUAACUCAAUUCUUAUUGGUAACUGAAGCUCUACUUCUUGGUCAAUCGUCAUCCUUUUCCGGUUUAUCUUCCUCAUCAACGUCUUCCGCCUUCAUCAUUAUCUUCUUCCAAUUUUCCUACAAUUUCAUCUUCCUCAUUUUUAAAUGAUAUAAAAUAUUUGAUUCAACGGUCUCUCUUCUUGCUGUUGAUAUUACUCUUAAUUCAAGCCUUGAUUCAUGGAUACUUGAUGUUUCAAUGGGAACAUCGUUUCAACGAGCUUAUCGUGAUGAUGGUUUCACAUUUACCAAAUUAAUCCGAACAAUUUAUGAUGAUUAUCUUUCCUUAAUCACAACAACCAGUAAUUCCGUCCAACCUGAAUCAUCAAAUAAUAACAAUAAGAAUAACAAUUUGACUCUUGUUAAAGAGGUAACAACAACAUUGGUCAAAGUACUUGGUCAAGGUAAUGUUGGUAUAAUGGGACUUAAUUGUCAUAUAACUCAUGAUGUUUGCCUAAGUUCAACUGAUUUAACUUACUUAUUAAACUGGAAAGAUGAGGUAACCAGUAAUCAGGGUAUCCAUGGUUUCCAAUGUCUCUAUCCAACCUCAGAAAGUUCAUCCUUGGGUAAACUAAUAGAGGAGACAAGCAGUAAAAUAGUUAAAAGUAAACUGGAAAAGGGUGGACAUAGUUUAAUGGUCCAUAGGACAUGGGAUUUACAUUCAUUUCUCAUGCAAAUGGACAUUAUAUCAACAAGAAUCAGUGACCAGCAAAAUUUUAUUCACCAUCAACCAACAACAAUAGACAAUCAAACUAAUCAACAAUCCGAAUCAUUAUCAAUACCAACAACAUUCAAUCCAAUGAUAACCAAAGAAACUUGCAAUCAAGAUGAAUCUUCAUUACCUUACAUAUCAUCAUUAGAAAUUAAUCCGGAGAUUAACUUAAUCCCAACUUUUUCCCAUAAAGUAUCACAAUAUUAUGCUAAUGUUACUUAUGAUACUUUGGUAAUAACUGUCCAUGGGUCAGCUGCUCAUUGCUCAAGUGAGGUUAGACUUGAAGGUUUAUUUGGUCCAUCAAGACCGACCAAUUUCACACUUGGUUUGGGAGUCAAUAAAAUUGUAUUGACCGUUGUUGAUGUUUCACAAGUUGAGCCAAUGGUUAUCAAUACAUAUAAUGUUUAUAUUAAUCGAUUACCAUUAAAUCAACCCGAUGUCCAGUUUGAACAAACUAAUAAAUCAUAUACAGUUUGUUAUCUUAAACAGGAUUGUGAUUUACUUGUUUAUCCUCGGGAAAACUGUAACCUGAUGAAAGAUUCAACUAUCAGUAAAUCAUCAAAAAGUUGGUCAAAUCAUUUAGAGAGUAGAAAAUUAUUGCCAUUCUGUUCAUCCGGAAGUGAACCUGGUAAAUGGUCAGUUCCUUGUUUAUCAUGUAAAUCUAAAAAUUCAUGUAUCUGGAGUUCAUCAAUCUGGGAGCCCGACACAUGUCAAUAUCGUCAAAUCAGUUCAAUUCAGUUAUCGAAGUGUCUAGCAGGUCGAAAGAUUUUGUUCAUUGGCGAUUCAACUAAUCGUGGUCUUAUGCACUAUGUCAUGGAAAAGCUCAAUGGAUCUUUGGUUGAUGGUGAUAAAACUCAUGAGCUUCGCAUCUACAAUCAGCUGAAUUCGGGUUCCACUUUAAUUGGCUUCAAUUAUUAUCCAAAAUUUUGGCUUCCAUCAUUUCAGAGGUUAACCUUUGAUAAAACAAUUAAUGAGCUUAUUAAAAGAGCUGGUCCAUUAUCAAAUUCAAGUGAAACUGUAUUAAUAUUUGGAGGAGUUCAAUGGUUAGCAUCACAACAUAUUAAUUUGCUACUUCAAAGCCUUUCAAGUUUCAAUCUAAAUGGCAUAAAGGUUAUCAUGAAAACUCUUGGUGCUGGUUUUCAUCAAAAGGUUGAGGGAAUUCAUUCACUAUCAUUGGAAGAUCAACAGAAACUUGCAAUUCACAAUCAACGGCUAAUCCAAUUGGCUGAAAGUCACAAUAUUGAUGUUGUUGAUACCUUUAAUAUGACCAUCUCACGUUAUAAAGAUUUCUAUCCUGGUAAAUGUUUAUGUCAUUUUCAUCAGGCAGUUGAAAUUCAAGAGAUUAAUCAGUCGGGUCAACCAUGGACACGAUACCAUAUUGACGGUGAUGUCAAUGCCGCUUGUGGUGAAAUACUAAUCAACCUAUUGUGCCAAGAAGAAAAGAAAACAAUCAAAUUGUAAAAUUUUUCGAAAAAGCCAAACAUAAAUUGUAAAUGUAAUAUUUUGUUUAAAUGUUAAGCAACAUCACAUCUCACCUUUUUCUUUGACCAGGGAAAACAUUAUUGAUGUAUAAGAUAUUAACACCAUUGUGAAUAUGGAUGAGAUUGUAAUUGAUUUUACCAUAAACAUGAAAAUAAAACUACUAAGCAAUAAAUUAAAAAAAACCCAAUGAAUUUCAACAAUAACAAUUAAACUAAAACACAGAAAAGGAUAACAG